AUGCGGAAAGUUACCUCGGUCGAUGAAGAGAUCGAAACUGCUGAUGGAGAACGAGGAACAAUCCGUUGCGGAGCCACCAAUUAUAACGCCUGUGAUCGAGAAGAAGAGUCGAUGUUGUAUCUGCAGUCGACGAAUUCGGGCGAAGCGCUUUCAUAUGAUGUCACAUCGUUGGCUUGCAGCGUCGCUGAAUAUGCUGCCAAUGAUGCGCUCACGUUCUGCUCUCAACUCUAA